UCUCGCCCUUUUUUCUGUGUUGUAUUAAACACGAAGAAGACGAGGUUUCUUCCGCCCACAUCGAGUGACGUAACUUCCUUUCUGUCCGCGCUAAUCUCGAAGUGAACACGCGUUCACCGUCUAGCUCAAGAUGCGUUACGUUGCUGCUUACCUUCUUUCUGCCCUCGGUGGCAAUGCAAGCCCUACCCCCAAGGAUAUCAAGAGCAUCCUAGAAAGUGUUGGCAUUGAGGCAGACGACACACGCAUGGAAAAGGUCAUUUCUGAGCUCAAAGGCAAGAAUGUGGAGGAGGUGAUUGCAACAGGCUAUGGUAAACUGGCCAGCGUGCCAGCAGGUGGUGCUGUAGCUGUUGCCACAUCUGCAGCUCCUGGCUCAGGAGGUGGAGCCGCUGCCCCUGCAGCUGAGGAGAAGAAGGAAGAGAAGAAGGAUGAGUCUGAGGAGUCCGAGGACGACAUGGGAUUCGGCCUGUUCGACUAAACUUUUUCCAAAUAUAAAUAAAAUUGAUUAAAAAAAGCAAA